AUGUCGCGCCGGGUUUCCCUCUUGGGGGCCAACAACCAGAAGCCGGCAUGCGUGCCGAAGAACUUCGACUUGUUACCUUUCCCAUCUCUACGUGUGCGGCUGCAUCCUGUGCCUCUUAUGACCAUUCUGGACGCGUACAUUCGCCGCGAUGAAGGCCAAGAGAACGUCAUUGGCACUUUGCUUGGCUCAUGCUCCGAUGGAAACGUCAUUGAUGUCACAGAUUGCUUCGUGGACAGGCAUUCGUUGACUGGCGAGGGCCUGCUGCAAAUCAUCAAGGACCAUCACGAGAGCAUGUUUGAGCUGAAACAGCAGGCCAAUGGAGGCAAUGGCGGAGUGCGGGAAGUAGUUGUUGGCUGGUUCUGCACAGGGAGUGAAAUGACAGAGCUGACUUGCGCUGUCCACGGCUGGUUCAAGCAGUUCUCGUCUGUUUCCAAGUUCUUCCCCCAGCCGCCGCUCACAGAGCCCAUCCACUUGAUGGUGGAUGCCGUCAUGGAGAGCGGGAGCUUUUCAGUGAAGGUCUACACACAGGUCCAGAUGACAAUGGCCAGAGAGGCUUGCUUUCAAUUCCAUGAGCUCCCCUUGGAGCUGUACGCGACUCCGUCAGACCGAGUGGGUCUGCAGCUGCUGCAAAAGGUGCGCACUGCGCACCGGAGUCACCCCCCGCGAGCAGAAGACUUGACAGAGCCAGCCUCCGAAGGCGUUUUGCUGAGUGACAUCACGGACGGCCUCAACGCCGAACUUGAACAGCUGCAGGAGAAACUCGAGAUCUGCGCAGCCUAUGUUCGAAGAGUGUUGAACGGCGAAGUUGAACCCGACCCAGAGGUCGGCCGCUUCCUCAGUUCUGCUUUGAGCGCGGCUACGGAGCCGGACUUGGAAGCUUUCGAGCAGCUCUGCCAGAACACACUGCAGGACAGCCUCAUGGCUGCUCACUUGGCGCGGCUGGCAAAGCUGCAGUUCGCUGUGGCGCAAAAGCUCAACACUUCAUUCUUCUGA